AGGUUAAAAAAACUGAUUGAACAAGAAACAACUUACCAAUCUAAAAAAGAAAAGGAGAACCACAAGAAAAUAAUCAAACUUCGAGAUGAGCUUACAAAGCUGAAAUCGUUUGCAAUAAUUGUGGUCGAUGAGCAACAGAGGUUAACGGAGCAGUUACAAGCACAAAGUGCCAAGAUCCAGGAACUAACAUUAACCACUCAAAAAGCACAGGAUAAGCUCGCCAUUGUAGAAGUAAAGGCAGAAGAAGAAGAGCAAAAAGCAAACAGACUAGAAAUAGAACUUCAAACUCAGGAAAGUAAGUUCUUCCAAGAGCAUGAAUCCAUGAUGGCCAAACUAACCAGCGAAGAGACUCAGAACCGCCAACUCAGAUUAAAGCUGGCAGCACUUAGCAGACAAAUAGAUGAGCUCGAGGAAACAAACAAGACUCUGCGUAAAGCGGAGGAUGAACUUCAUGACCUAAAGGAGAAGAUGAAUAAGGGAGAAUGUGGAAACUCCAGCCUUAUGACAGAAGUGGAGGAGCUGAGAAAACGUCUGCUCGAAAUGGAAGGCAAAGAUGAAGAGCUUAUGAAAAUGGAGGAACAAUGCAAAGAUCUCAAUAAAAAAUUAGAAAAAGAAGCCUCGCAAAGCAAAACUCUAAAAGUUGAAAUUGACAAGCUAAGCAAAAGGAUUAAUGACCUGGAGAAAUUGGAAGAUGCAUUCAGCAAAAGUAAACAAGAAUGUCAAUCCAUUAAAAGUGCCCUGGAAAAAGAACGAGCCAACAGCAAGCAAUUGUGUAAUGAACUAGAAAGUUUAAAAGUUCGAAUCCGGGAGCUGGAAGCUAUUGAAGUAAGGCUUGAGAAAACUGAAACUGUACUCAAAGAGGAUCUCACCAAACUGAAAACCUUAACAGUGAUGCUUGUAGAGGAAAGAAAGACCCUUACUGAAAAGAUCCGACAAACUGAGGAGAAGCUCAAGUCAGCCAAUUCACAACUACAGCAGGAGCAAAACAAAGUGACGUCCAUUACAGAAAAACUGAUAGAUGAAAGUAAAAAAUCUCUCAAAUCCAAGACAGAAUUACAGGAAAAGCUGCAAACUGUCACUAAAGAAAAUGAGGAGCUAAAAUGCAAACUCAGAGGAGAGGAAGAAAAAGGCAAUGAUCUUAUGUCCAAAGUGACCAUCCUUAAGAAGAAACUGCAGUCACUUGAAUUAAUUGAAAAGGAGUUUCUGAAAAACAAAAUGAAGCAGGAAAAUAAGCAGUCAGAAACACUGUACCAGGAAAACAAUAAAAUCAGAGAACUUACUCAAGAGGUUGAAAGGUUAAAACACACCCUUAACCAGAUGAAAGCAAUGGAAGAUGACCUCAUGAAAACAGAGGAUGAGUAUGAAUCUCUGGAGAAAAGAUAUUAUAACGAGCAGCAGAAAGCCAAAAUGUUUUCUGAGGAACUUGAAGUAGUGAAAAUGGAACUUGCAAACUAUAAGCUUGCUGAGAAAUCAGGAUCUUUUCAAGAAAAAAUGCUGUUGACUAAGCUAAAGGAAGAAGAGGCAAAGUCUGGCCACCUUUCAAGAGAAGUUACAGCCUUGAAGGAGAAGAUCCAUGACUACAUGAAAACAGAGGACACAAUUUGUCGUUUGAAGGGAGAUCAUUCAGUUCUUCAGAGGAAACUCACACAGCAAGAAAACAGGAACAAAGAGCUAACAAAAGAAAUGGAAAACUUAUCCAAGGAACUUGAAAGGUAUCGCCGUUUUAGCAAGAGCCUCCGGCCCAGCCUCAAUGGAAGGAGAAUUUCAGACUUUCAAGUGUUUUCAAAGGAAGUGCAGACAGAGCCAACAUAUAAUGAACCACCUGAUUACAAAAGUCUUGUUCCUUUGGAAAGAGCAGUCAUAAAUGGACAAUUAUACCAAGAAAGUGACAAUGAGGAUGAUGACACACAAGACGAAGACUCUCCUGUUGCUUUCAAAUAUAACACAUCCAAUAACAAUAGCUUAAAUAACAACAGAAAAUUAGUAUCACCAUGGACAAAAUCUAACCAACAGGCACAAAAUGGUAAGGUACAUUUAAAACAGAAUGGAAAUUACAUCCAUCCAGGAGAUAUGGUCCUUACACAUACGCCAGGUCAACCAUUACAUAUCAAAGUUACACCAGAUCAUGGACAAAAUACAGCCACUCUUGAAAUAACCAGCCCUACUACAGAGAAACCCACACUCCUUUACAAGCACUGCUGUGAUACCAAACUGUGGCACUCCAAAACAAAGGAUAACAAUCAUUCAAAAUGGUUCCUUGACUCCUGCAAAAUCAAAAGUAGUAGAUGGAUAUGUCACACCAGAUCAAGUGGUGUCACCCUUUACAAUGACUUCUUUUGUAAGACCCAGGUCACCCGACUCAUGUGGUUCCAUAACGCCAGACAGAACAAUGUCCCCAAUCCAAGUACUGGCCUUAACUAGUUCUUCAAGUUCUCCAGAGCGUGUACUGUCACCAGAACCAAUGGAAGUUGGGGGAACUCAUGCUGUAUUUCGAGUAUCACCCGAUAAACAAGCAGGAUGGCAGUUUCAAAGGUCAAACAGUUCUAGCUCAACUUCAAGUGUCAUAACUACUGAGGACAAUAAAAUUCAUAUCCAUCUAAGAAGACCCAGCAGCCCUUUCACUCCAGUACAAGAGAAAAGACACUCACUAACUAAUGGAAUUCAAAGUAAACCCACAAAUAAAAUCACCAACAGCAUUACCAUAACCCCAACUGCUACUCCACUAUCACGGCAGUCACAAUUUACA